ACAACCGAGGAUAAGAGUGGAGUGCGAAAAUCGGCGCUUAACAUGACAGCCGAGGAUGCGAAGAAGAAAGCUGCUGCAGAUGAGGAAGCGGCAAAACAAAAAGCACGUCGCCUUGGAACUGUCAAUUCAAUUCUGAACAAAUUCAAAGAGCCAGAAAUCAAGGAGGAAGCGAUAACCUACAAACGCUCAGCCUACUUGGAGCAGAAAGAAAUCGAAAGACCCAAGAAAAAGUAUAACAUUAUCAAACCCGCAAUCGAUGACGAUUUUGAUAAGCAGGUACUUUUUCUAUUUUAUUUCUAUUUGGAAAAACUUGUAAUUGAACACUAUUUGUAG